UCAGUACCCAGAAUACAAGUGUGGUUGGUUUCUGUUUGUGAAUUAUAUUUUCAUGUGAGGUUCGUAGGUACUUUAAUUGUAGCUCCAAAAUUGGAAUUGUGAGGAAGAUAUUUUCGUCCUGAAGUAUUAUGUUUCUUCUCCACUAAAAUAAAAUGUCUCUGAAACCCAAAAAAGUGGAUUUUCAAGAGACAUGGGAUGUUUUGCAAGAAACGGUGAAAGGGGUAAUAACCCUUGGAAAUGUGCCACGGGCAACUUGGAACGAUAGAUUCAGUGAUGUAUAUUCACUGUGUGUUGCAUAUCCUGAGCCCCUUGCUGAUCGUUUAUAUCAGGAAACAAGACUUUUUUUAGAUAAACAUGUGAAAUCUCUUCUUGACAAGGUGCUUAGAGCUGGAGAACCCAGUUUACUUCGUAAUUAUUAUCAGGCAUGGAUGGAAUAUAGUCAAGGGAUUAAUUAUCUACAUAGGCUUUACUUAUAUUUAAAUCAGCAACAUAUCAGAAGACAGAAGCUUUCCGAAGCAGAAAUCAUCUAUGGAAAUAUGUUACCAGACUCAGAAGAACAGAUGGAAAUUGGAGAGUUAGGGCUAGAAAUCUGGAAGAGAAAUAUGAUAGAACCUUUAAAAGAUAGCCUGGUCCGCCUGUUGUUAGAGGGAAUCCAUCAAGAUCGAAUUGGCGAUGCUCAAUCAGUUUCCUCUGAUAUAAUCAAAGGAGUGAUCCAUUCCUUUGUUGGUGUGCAAGAAUAUAAAAGAAAGAUAAUUUAGAACUUUAUAAAACCAUUUUUGAAGCUCCAUUUCUGCAAGCUACUGGCGACUACUAUAGGCGUGAAGCUAGUAAAUAUCUUCAAGAAUGUAAUGUCUCACAAUACAUGGAAAAGGUCACUCAAAGACUUCAUGAAGAAAAUAUGAGGAGUCACCAUUUUCUUCAUUACAGUUCCUAUUCUGCAGUCCGUGCUAAAUGUGAGGAGGAAAUGGUCGCAGGUCAUCUGGGAUUUUUGCACUCCGAAUGUGGAGCGAUGGUGUUUGAGGAGCGGAAGGAUGACCUAAGGAAUAUGUACCCCCUACUGCAUCCAGUUGCAGGCGGGCUUACAGUUUUAGUUCAGCAUGUCAUGGCACAUAUCAAAGAGAGGGGACUUGUUGCUGUCAUUGGGCUCCAUGGUGAAAAUAUGCACAUCCAAUUUGUAGAAAGUAUGCUUGGAGUCCAUAAGAAGUACAAAGAGCUCAUUCAAGAAGUUUUCAACUCCGAUCAAAGCUUCAUGGGAGCUUUAGACAAAGCCUGUUCAUCCGUCAUCAAUCAUCGCAUGAACCCAAAACAACCUUGCAGGUCUCCAGAACUUUUAGCAAAAUAUUGUGAUACACUGUUGAAAAAGUCAUCUAAGGGUAUGUCUGAGAGUGAAAUAGAUGACCGCUUAGCUAAUUCAAUUACUAUUUUCAAAUACAUCGAUGAUAAAGAUGUCUUUCAAAAAUUUUAUUCUCGGAUGCUUGCUAGGAGACUCAUUCAUCAACAAUCGCAAUCCAUGGAUGCAGAGGAAGCCAUGAUUAAUAGGCUUAAGCAAGCGUGUGGGUAUGAGUUCACCAACAAGCUUCACAGAAUGUUCACUGAUAUCUCUGUAUCAAAUGACCUUAACAAUAAAUUUCAAGCAUUUCUUAAACGAGAUAAUGUCGAUCUUGGAGUGAACUUUUCCAUAUAUGUUUUGCAGGCUGGGGCUUGGCCUCUUGGGCAGGCUAAUCUUACUUCAUUCGUUUUACCUCAAGAAUUAGUUAAAUCUGUACAAAUGUUUGAACUUUUUUACCACAACCGAUUUAGUGGUCGGAAAUUGACAUGGCUUCAUCAUCUUUGUCAAGGUGAAUUAAAACUCUGCUAUUUAAAGAAACCAUACAUCGUUACAAUGCAAGUUUUUCAAAUGGCCAUGCUUCUUUUAUUUGAGAAUGCCGACAGCCUAACAGCGAAGGAGAUACAAACUACAUUACAGUUAAACAAUGAACAAUUUAACAAACACCUGGCCAGCCUAAUAGAUUGUAAAAUCAUUGUUUCUUCCACUGAGCAACUUAUCGAUGACUCAGUUUUGCGCUUGAAUAUGGACUAUACCAAUAAACGAACAAGGUUGAGGAUUACAACAGCAAUGCAACGUGAAAGCCCUCAAGAACUAGAGCAGACUGUGACAGCUGUUGAUGAAGAUAGGAAACUGUAUCUUCAGGCUGCAAUCGUGCGUAUAAUGAAAUCACGUAAAGUCCUCAGGCAUAAUGCUCUCAUUCAGGAGGUGUUGAGUCAAUCAAAAGCUUUUGCUCCAGCCAUAACAAUGAUAAAGAAGUGCAUCGAAGCCCUUAUAGAUAAGCAGUAUAUAGAAAGAACUCCUAAUUCUUCAGACGAAUAUAGUUAUGUUGCAUAGUUUAUUGCUCUUACUUUAUAUUUAUUAUGUACAUAUAUAUAUCAUCUGUUAAUGUGCUUUCUUUUAAAUAUUAAUGUAUAUUGCAUACAUACUUUAACAUAUAAAGACUUUGUGAUGGAUUAUGUACAACAGAAAUUAUUUUUGUUUUAACAAUUGAAUUGUUAUUUAUAAUGCUUUGUUUUGUUUUGUUUUUUAACUGAGUUAGAAACGUCAUUGUUUUUUUGUUUUUUAAUUUAACAAGUUUCAACUUUUCAAAUUUAUCAAUAUAUCACAAAUUUUUAUUUUUUUAAAAAUACAUAGGAUGACCGUG